UUAAUAUCGGCCUUAGUGUGUGAGGUCGGUUGAGUUUGAAAACGUUUCCAGUUCUGCUAUUAACCUUAUACAUCGUGACACAACAAGCGCCGGCUGCCAACUCUCUCGCACCCUCGCGCUGGGGGUUUAAACUUUAAAAGCAAGAUCACUGCGAUUUGUCGGCGACGAUGAUGAACGCACGUGAGCAGGAGCGACGUUCAUUACGCAUGCUCGUGGCUCCGCCCCCCAUCUUCCGGCAGCGAAGCGCCCGAUUGGGCAGAAGGAUGAGGGGGGGAGGAUUGUGCCCACAGACAGCAGGAGAGAGGAGUGCGAGGUGCGGCGAUGUCACCGCUGCGCGCUGUGGCGGAAACCGCGGUCCUCGCGUAGAGAUAACGGCGCUCAGGCUUCCGGAGACGCGCUCCGUUCUCAUUGCGGUCCUUCAGCGAGAGAGCGGAGGAGUGACCUAGGAGCCCGUGGGGAAGAUGGUGGAGCAGUCGGACCGCGCACCGCUGCUCGACUGGGAGGAGGGGGGCUUCGGUUUCGGCGGCGGAGGCACUGCGGCGGUGCCCGGGCUCCCGAACGGAGAGGCGGCCGCUCCUCCCGAUGAGCCCGGAGCCGAGGCGCGGAGCCCCGUCGCCGGCGGACUGACCGAGCGGCGCCUCGCUGGAUGGGAGGAGAAGGACCAGAUCGUGGCCGUGUUCGUGGUGACGUUUGACACAAGAUCAGGUAACACAGUGGAGUGGUGUCUGCCGCAGGAUGUGAACCUGGAGGGGGUGGAGUUCAAGUCCAUGGCCAGCGGCUCCCACAGAAUCGCCAGUGACUUCAUAUACUUCCGUAAGGGGGGCUUCUUUGGCCUCGCGUGCUUUGCCAACAUGCCUGUGGAGAGCGCUCUGGAGCGGGGGGCACGCAUGAAGUCAGUUGGAAUCCUGACCCCCUCCUACACCCUUCUGUACCGUUACAUGCACUUUUUGGAAAACCAGGUCAGGCACCAACUCAAGUGCCCGGGCCAGUACUCCCCACUUGAGGCCUUCUACGAGGACAAGAAAGCGAUCCUGCCCCCGACGGGGAACGGUCUGGUUACCGCGUGCCCCCCUAGCACUAAGGGGGUCCCACACAAUCGUUGCUGCAUGAACCCCGAGAUGAAGAUCACACACCCCGCUGGAUGCAUGUCCCAGUUCAUCCACUUUUUCGGGGAGCAGAUUAUGGUGCUGUGGAAGUUUGCUCUGCUGCGGAAGCGCAUCCUCAUCUUCUCACCCCCACCCAUAGGGGUGGUGUGCUACAGAGUGUACUGCUGCUGUUGCCUUGCCAAUGUGUCUCUCCCCGGUGUGGGUGUGUCAGUGCCUGAGCUCCGCCCCUUCUUCUACAUCAACGUGGCUGACAUCUCCGCCUUGGAGACGGAGGUGUCCUAUGUGGCUUGCACCACAGAGAAGAUCUUUGAGGAGAAGAAGGACCUGUACGAUGUGUACGUGGACAACCAGAAUGUGAAGUCCCACAGGGACAGCCUGCAGCCGCUACUUCGCCUCAACAGCGCCGACCGGGAGAAGUACAGAAAACUCAGCGAGCAGAGACAGAUGCUUCUGUAUUCCCACGAGGUGGACGGAGACUGCACCUCUAGUGAAGAGGACCUCUUCAUCUUGUUUUUCAUGGAGCAGAACAAUCGGAUCUUCCAGACUCUCUCGGAGGUGGCGGGCAGCGCAGACCCCACCCUGACAGCGGAACACGUGCGGGCUAUGGGUCUGGACCCUCAGGGGGACCGCACGUUUCUGGUGGACCUUCUGGAGCUCUACGGCAUCGAUGCCAUGCUGGUCAUCGACAACCCCUGCUGCCACUGAGGCCCGGAGAUGCCAUCGUUGUACCAGCGCCCCCCACUGGGUGACCCGGAAAGAGGAUUCAACCACUUACCUGCCGAACCAGCACCGUAGAACCUGCUCACCGUAGAACCUGUGUUUGUUGUAGAGCCGUGAAACUACGUUUCAACAUGCCUGUGAAACUUGAGACCAGCCCUCUUCUGCUCAGCAGUCUGGCUGAUGUAAUCCACUCGAUCAAGUUGGUGUUUGUUUCUUAUCGCCGCUUGGUACGACGCUGCCUCGUGUGUCUGGCCUCCUAGAAGACCCAGCUUCCAUUUGAGAAGGAAGAAUUUCAACUUCCCGUUUCUGUUUCCCCCAUCGCCUCUGGUCGCGGUUGCGAGGAAACAAACAAGAACAUUCGUAUUUAAAUGAUUUCAGCGUGCCUCUUCCCGUCGCUUUCAUCACCGACACGUACUUUAUUCGCUUGUCAGAGGAGUGGUUCCAUUUACACCGCUUUCCUUGAUAAGAGAUUGUGGAAAAUACUGCGUUUCGCAGCUCCUAGGAGAAUUGCUGUGCAAAACUGCAUUCCAGUUUAAAACUUGUCUUUCUACUGGAGGGUUAUUUAUUUUCAAAUGUUUACUUGUGGGACCAAAGUAAAUUUGGUUAUGUUUUUAAUAGUCCAUAAAUCCCCCCCCCCCCGCCUAGUAUUUCUGGAAUUUUUCCACGCCUAAAAAAGGAAGAGGGGUAGCAUGGUGGCGCAGCGGGUAUAACUGCUACCUCUCAGCGCCUGGGUGGCAUGAGAGAACAGUGAUUUGAGUGUCACUCAGUCUGUGGAGCUCACAUGUUAUCCCUGUGGCUGCAUGGGCUUCCUCUGGAUGCUCUGGUUUCCUCCCGCAGUCCACAGACAUACCUUUCAGGUGGAUUGGUGACUCUAAAGUUCACUUAGUGUGUGUAUGGGUGAGCAUUUAUGGCUACCCAGCAAUUGAAAACAAAAAAGAGGGACGUGUUGCAAGGGACACGUAUUGCGUGGGACACCCAGUACUUGGUUCCUCGUUGUUAAGCGUUAGCUGGAUUUAAGCGGAGGCGAGUUAUCCUAAAUGAUGGGAGUUCAAAACCACUGUAAGUCAUCUGUCAACGGGCGGCAAUGUUUAUAAUUAGCAUUUCUCUGGAAGUUUACCAUCCCGGUUUUAGAAGAGAAGUGCAGAACCCAUCACGUGAUCGGAGGAAUGCACCUUUUGCUGACCCCCAUGGUGGCCCGCAGUUCGACAGAGUCUACGUUCCUGUUGACCCCGUGAGUCGUGGACAAAGCACGCUCAGUUCUGUGUUUAUGAUGGGGAAAGGGAGCCUCAAACGUGCCGCGUGUUAAGGGAAAAAGAGGAUCCGCUGUCUUCACUAGGUCCUCCAGGUGGGUAGUUAUUGACGCGUGUUCCCUUUCUGAGGAUGAAAACACCGUAUAUGUAUUUAAAAAUGUGACUGCAGAUGUGGUGCUUAUUUAGCAGUGACCUUCCCUCAAGGGUGCGAGUAACACAAGUUCAGAGUAGCAAUGGUUGUUUGUUGUCGUUUGCUAAUAAUUUAUGAGUGUGGAUGGAAAUGUUGAGUGUUGAACUAUUUAUGUAUUUGACCAUUAUGGAAUUCCAGAGCUCAAGGACGUCAAGGAAAUGCUUCCUGUACAAAUGUGACCUCUGUUUACUUGGCUUUUACACUGGGGGCAACUGGUGAAAUGAAUGUGACUCACUGAUGUCAGCCAUGCAGUUAAUUCUUGAUCACAGCCAUUAAUGUCUUUGUACAGCUUUUACUGUGAACGGGGGGGUUGUUUUGUAAUUAUUGUAAUUACAUGUGACGUGAAGCUCGGUUAGGAAGAGGCACUGAGAGGGAAGCACUGGCUUUCUGCAUGCCGUUUCUGUCCUCAAACCUGCUUGUCCAAUUACACUAACCAGCUUACCUAAUGAAUAUGGUAGUAAUAACAGUAAACCUUGGCUGUGAGUUCGACUGCAGACACGUGGAACAUUAAUGCCCCGAUUUUGAACAGUGUUACUGCGGUUACUAAAAUUUCGUUGUGAAGAGUGCGUUCCCACCGAUGUCAGUUGUGGCAGUGAUGAGAGGGAGGGGAUUAGACCUACUCCCUUGAACCAUCCACCAGUGGCUGAUAAAGCCCAUCUGUUUGGGUUCAGGGUUUGGACCCCCCUUUGGACCGGAGCAGGAUUUCUGAUGGGGCUUUGGGGUUAGAGAUCACUUACACUAGUUGUCAUAGAAACACUGAUUAUUUUGGUUCUCAGGAGCUAUUUUUAUCUAAAGUGACUGCAGAGUUGUGUGUGUGUGUGUGUGUGUGUGUGUAUAUAUACACAUACAUAGUGACCUAUGUUUCUUAAGGGUAUAAUAGCAGAACCUUUUCUGGGAGUUGAUGGUAACCUGACUGUACCUGUUGCCCCA